ACCAAGGCGGUAGCAGAUUUAAUUGCUUAUAACUUUUCGCCCAAAAUAAACCACACAACUCCCGCCGAUUUCCACCACGUGUCCUCGGAAGAUUUCCGGGUCGUCUUCGUGUCAUCGAUUUGAAACGGAAAGCCACAAAUUCUUCGUUCGGUUCUGAAAUGGAGGCCUCAAACAUUUGACACAUUGAAGGAUUUCAAGCUACCAGACGGAGCAAGCCCGAAAGGGUUUUAUACGUUUGACUGUAUCUGACUCUAUGGACCUGAACGCCGACGUCGUUUUGUCUGACCCAAGUGACGAUGGGGUUAAUCUCUCUGAGUCAGUAGAACUUGAUGAUAUGGGCCUUGAAGUAGGGGAUGGUGGAACAAAUGAGGGUUUGGAAGGAAAAGGACCAAAAGGUGAAUUGGUAAAUAUAGUUGAAGAUUCUGAAGUGAAAAUAGGAUCUUUAGAUAGAGUUACUGAGGAGAAAGGAAGCGUUGUUUCGUCACAGGUGGGGAUUGAUGGCGGGGAAGGUAGAGAGGGUUUAAAGGGACCUCAAUUUGGUGCAGGGGGUGAUGGGAUUGCAGCAAAUAAUAAAGGGUUGGUUUUAGAAUCUGAGGAUACUUUUAGGAGUGUCGAAAGUUCAUUCAGUUUCGAAAAGGAUAGAGGGAAAGAUGAGAUUUCGAGGGAACGUGCAGAAAGUGAAAUUGUGAGUGCUGUGGAUGGAGAUGAGGCGAAGCUGAAUGUAGCAGUUCAUGGAACGGAUGACUCAAUGAGAGAUGACAAAAAAGAGGACGUUGCUCUAGUAGCCGAGAUAGCUUAUGUUGAGAAGGAAAGGGGUCAAAAUGUGGAGCAGGGCCAAGCUGGAGAGCAGAGUCUUGAUGCUUCAAGUUCUAUGCAGGACAACGUGAAGCUUGAGUCUUUGGGAACUACAGGAUCUGUUGGACAAGUAACAGAUGACAUCGUAGCUGUGGACCAGAAAGUUGUCAACCACAAUGAGUCUUUGCAUCUCAAAGACUUGAAUUUAAGUUCUCACUCUGAGAUGUUAACAAGUGAUGGACUAGAAAAUCAGGCCUUGGAAGUUGAUGUAGAAGCGCAGACCAAUGAAAAUAAAUUGACAUGUGAUGAUGCUCCAUGGGUUUCUAAGAAUACAGAAAAGGGGCCUAAUUUGUCCAGUAUGGUUAUUGAUUCAAACCCUAGUAUGAGAACAGAUGGGAAUGUGUCCAUGGAUGUAAAAUCUACUUCCUCAGAACUAGAAUUCCAUGGUUCUGAUCUAGUAUGGGGCAAAGUAAGAAGUCAUCCCUGGUGGCCUGGUCAGAUCUGUGAUCCUUCGGCUUCAUCAGAGAAGGCAAAUAAGUAUUUUAAAAAAGGCACUUAUCUGAUAGCAUAUUUUUGGGAUCAAACAUUUGCUUGGAAUGAAGCACCAAAGAUUAAGCCCUUCUUGAAGCACUUCUCUCAGAUGGAGAAGCAGAGUGAUAUAGAAGAAUUCCACGAUGCAAUUGCUUGUGCUUUGGAUGAAGUCUCAAGACGGGUAGAGUUUGGCUUGGCCUGUUCUUGCAUAUCCAAAGACGUAUAUUCAAAACUGAAAACUCAGAUAAUUAGUAAUGCUGGGAUCAGGGAAGAAGCAAGUAGAAGGGAUGGUGGUGACAGUUCUUUAAGUGCGGCUUCUUUUGAACCUGUGAAACUCAUUAAAUUCAUAAAAGAAUUGGCUCAGUUUCCAUAUAGCAGAGCUGAUAGACUAGAACUUGUAACAUCACGGGCCCAAUUAUCAGCCUUCUAUCGCUGGAAGGGUUAUUCUCAGCUGCCAGAGUUCAGUAUGCUUGGUGGGUUGCUGGAUGAUGAUGACAUUUUGCUAUUGGAAAAGAAGCACAAUGGUGAAGUAACUGAAAAUGCACUUCCAGUAAUUAAGGAUGAUGAUUUGAUGGAGAAAUCAAAAAUUACAGAUAACUCAUCACGCAAGCGCAAGCACAUAUCUGGAGAUAGUAUGUGCCCAAGUAAAAAGGAGAAAAGCUUGUCUGAUGUAGUGGCUGAGAAGUAUUUGUCUACUUCAACGAGUGAGAACGGAUCAGAAGGGAAAUCCGGCUGUAAUUUGAUUUCACAGUCUUCCAGUAAGAAACGAAAGGCAGUUGAUUCUUUGGCUGGCGACUCGGCAGUCAAGCAAUGGAGAAGUGAUUCAUCAACAGGGCCUGAUAGUAAUUCUCUGCAAAAUAAACAGGCUUUUAGAGUUGGAGAUAGGAUCUGUAGGGUUGCAAGCCAACUAAGUGGGUUGAGUCCGAUACUCAAGAAUUACAAUGCAACGUCCACAGAAGGUGCAGUUCAGGAUAAAGGCAAAGUAAAAACUGUGUCAGAGAAAGCACAAACUGAAAGGCUGGCUGGAAGGGAGUACCCAUCUCCUGAUGAGAUGCUGUCUCAGCUCUACUUGGCUGCCAUCAAUCCCAUGAACGGAUACAGCUUCUUGACUUCCCCAAUAACUUGCUUCUCGGAAUUUAGGAAUACCAUAUGCCUGGACUGUCCUGGUCCAGAGGAGCAUCAACUGUCUCUAAACCAAUUGUUUGGUGGUAAGCUGGGCAAGAAAUCAGCUAGGACUGGGAAGAAAUCAAUCAGCUCAGGCAUUACUGAAAAAUCUGAGACAGAAGCAAUUCCUCAUGAGCAACCAUCACGCAAGAAUCAAAAUGAAAAUGGAAAGUUAGUGCCUGGAGCUCCAACCGAUAAGGAUACCUCUACCGCUGAACCACAAUCAAGUCUUGAGUUGAAUCCCAAUUUGGAUUCUGAACAGAAAAUUGGUGGCAGAGAUCUUGAUUUGGAAACGUCAAAGCCAGCUCUUCACAUGAAUGAGAGUUGUGAGAAAGAUCUCUCACCUACAGCCCUGAUCUUGAAAUUUACAGACUUGGAGUCUGUCCCUUCAGAAGCGAAUCUGAACAAAAUAUUUAGCUGCUAUGGCCCUUUGACUGAAGUGCUGAGGAAGAGUAGCCGCGCCACGGUGGUUUUCAGGAGGCGAUCUGAUGCUGAAACAGCUUUCAGCAGUACCGGAAAAUACAGCACGUUUGGACCUUCACUUGUCAGUUACCGGCUCAAGUUUUUGCCGCCUACACCAAGCAAAGCAUCACCUUCUCCCAGUGCGACAAAGCGAGGCAGAAAACCUGCAACGUCUCUGGAAGGCAAUGCAGCUAACCCCCGAUCCAGUCCGAUUCGAUUUCACUUAAGCUCCGAGAUGGACAAAAUCGAGUUGAUAAACAAGAAGGCCGAUGUGCAGCAGAGACGCCUUAGUCUCAUCGACGUCUCGUCUGAGGACGAUUCGCUCAUCAAUUCCUAUGCUGGAGACCUCCGGUUUUCAAUUUCAGAAGAUCAGGAAAACAGAAGUUUUCAGUUGUUUGAGGCUAUGGUUGCUAACAAAUUGGAGGACGUGCCUGAAAACCUUGAGCUAAGCGAGCAAGUAACUCAUCCCUCCGAGUCAUUGGAACCAGAAAUGACAAAGAGAAGUGGCAAGUACAAUUUGCGCAAAAGUUUAGCUUGGGAUAGUGCUUUUUUCACCAGUGCAGGUGUUCUGGAUCCUGAAGAGCUGUCUACCAUGAUUGAAGGAGAAAAGAGUGGAAAACAUAUGUUACCUGGAAUUCAAGAGGAAAUUCAUAGAUCCACUGAUUCAAUCUCCACAUUAGAAAGUGAUACUUUGACACUAGAAAGUAUUGAGGCCAAUUUGUUUGAAGAUGUAAGAGCGUCAAUCCAGAAAUCCAAUAACGCAUCCGGUGUAGUGGAUGAAAGUAUGGAGGGUUCGAGAGUAACAGCAACCAAAAUUAGUGGUUCUUCGAAGGGGGUAGAUUUUGCUUCUCAAGAUAAGGUGAUUCCUAGACUUCCAUCUAAGAAGCCAAGUAUCAACGUGCAAAAACCAGGGAAAAUGAAAAAUUUAUCUACAUGUCCACAAAUAUCACAGUCUGUUUCCGCACGAGAAGCAACUACAUCUCUUUUGAAGCGAACAAAGGUUUUAGGGAAGCCUAAUCCUAGCCCAACAGGAUUAACCAAGAGGGCUUCUCUGGGUGGCAACCUUAUGAAAAUGGAAAAGGAUAAUGUCAAAAGCACAACUGGUAGAGGGGCUCCAUUGCCAAAAAUACCCUUAAGUUCCCGACUUGUGCCUCGUCCUGGACCAUUAUCUAGAUCAUCCUUGGGUUCUUCACCCACAGCCAAGAGAGAAGUAGCUUCUUCCUCAUUUGAAAGUUCUGGAAGUACUUCAUCUAACAACAUUGGUAAAUCUCCCUUCAACUCCAAAAGAAAAACUGAUUCCAGGACUGGUAAUCCGCCUUCCUCUGGUUCAACCUGGGAAACACCAUCACGAAUUGAACCAGGAAAUAAAAGUCAGUCUGGGAAAUCUCAUCUGUCAACUAAUAUGGUGCUGGAGACAAAGCUGCUCACUAGCACAUCACCUUCUAGCUCUGUCAGCGAAUGGUCCUCAGAGUCAUCAUCAUCAAUUUCGACUUUAAAAAAAAUGUCAUACAGUCCAAGAGCUAGCCUUGACAUAAGAUCUUCCAAAAGCAGCUCUGUAGAUGGUGAUCCACCAGAGAUUUUGGAUUUGCAGAACUAUGCUUAUGAUCAAAGCUCAACUGGAGAUGAGACUCAGGUCGCUGAGUUACUUAGUCAGUGUUCGGUGAAAGCUCCAAUCGAAAAAAAUGGUGCACUUCCUCUAGCUUCAAAACCUUCCGGAUUACGAUUGCCGUCACCAAAAAUUGGCUUCUUUGACGGGGUGAAGUCAGUAUUGCCCUCUCCCAAUGGAAGUAUUCAGCCUCAUCCUGUCAUACCUAGUGGCUUGCCUAAAAGUGGGGCACGAAGUAUUACCCAGGGUGGGGGCCAAAACAAGGCAAAGCCGGGAAAGCUUCAACCUGCUAGAAUUGUGGCAAAAUUAGGGAAUAAAAAACCUGAUGCUCAAAAUACAUCCUUUAAUAUGAAACCGAAGUCUCCAAAACCACUUCAGCAAGCAUCAAAUGCUGCAAAGAAGGUCAUUAGUCCCUCAAGGAACAGCAUAUCCCCAAAAGUUCCAAGUAAAGGGUCUCGUAAAUCUGGUAGAGAAAAUCACUUGAAGCAUGAGAAAGUUGGAUUUGAAGGACAUGGUAUUGACAUUGAUGAACAAGAAAACUGUGCUGCAGGGCCGAAUGACUGCCUUGUUUUCUCAAAAGAUAAAGUGAGCCCAGCAUUGAAGGGUCAUUCCCAUGUAAAGGCUGCAAAAGUCACUCCUAUUGAUGGAGGGUCUACUACUAUCUCUGAUUCAAGUUCCACUUGUGAUGCUGACAAAAUAACCCCUUCUGAGAAAGUAAGUGAAGAUGCAACAUAUGAACCACGUAAAGCGAAGGAGACGGAAAGAACUCAUAUCGAAGAUUUGGUUGAUGGCUUGAGCAGACAAGUCGGAGCUAUGGACAUAAAGGCGGAGACUCAGCAAAUGCUUGCUGCUGAUUCUCUCUCCUAAACUCAAUUUCAGCAGUGAAGAUAAUGCUGGUGUUUCUUGAGCUGUGAUGUGAGAGGGUGUGUAUUGAUUGUGUCUUUUAUUUAAGGCCACCAAAAGAGUAUCAUUUUAUUAUAAGUUACUUCGCAACACGUGGAUUGCUUCGGCGUUUCAACGAUCACCUUGCCUCUUCUCAAAAGGGAAUAAGCUGAUAUAGUGCAGCAGUGUAGAAGCUAUAUUUGAGUUAUAUCAUGUUUAUGUUGCCAUCUUGUCUCUUGAUGGUGCAUGGUGAAAUGUUAUGACUGUAGUUGGUCUUGUCACAUAGGAAGGAUUGUCUUGUAGGACUUCGCAAUUGGAUGUGUUCCCCCGUUUGCAUUGUAAAUUGUUUCUUUAGUGCAUAUAUCAACAACGCACUUCAACUGGAAAUUAAAUGUUAGUGUGCGUUUGUCUGUUUCA